AUGGCACGUACUGGUCUGCUGUCCAAGGUCCUGCUGGUGUGCUUCGCGGGGCUUAUGCUCAAGCCCUGCUUCCUGGCACCUAAGUUGCGUGCCGAUGCGGCGGCGGCCAUGCUAGCAGCAGCCGUGGCUGCUCCCGGCGCAGCCGUGGCCGAGGUGCCGACGUUCUCCUUCUUCGGCUUCGGCAGCGGGCAGUCGGAUGCCUACUCCCAGAACGACAACCCCAUCAACCCCUAUUCCCAGUUCAGCGAUGGCUCGGACACUGUCUACAAGGCCCGCAACCCGGACGAGGUCGACAGGAGGAAGAAGGCGCUCACCGCAGCCCUCACCCGCUUCGAGAACACCCCAGAGUACAUCAAGACCAAGCAGGCGCAGGCCCUGAAGGGCAACCUGCUCCAGGCCGGCGGCUCCAUGAAGCAGGACAUGAUCUACUUCUCCGGCGAUGAGGGCUCGGCGGCCUACACGAAGGCCCGGGAAUUCUCGCAGAAGGUCUCCACCCUGGGCGUGGACGGCGGCAACAAGCAGUGGGCUGCUGCCCAGGAGGUGGAUGGACAGUUGUGCAUGCCGGGGCACGAGACCAAUUUGGGGGAGCUGCUGCUGACGGCGGCCGCGAAAAAAGGGGAGGGCGUCUGCCUGGAGGUGGACACGGCCUGCUAUACGUUUGCCCAAGUGGCGAGGAUGGCCACUGCUAUCCGCAAGGUCCUUCGGAAGGCCCUGCAGUCCCUUGAGCUGCCGACGGAGCCGGGUUCACCCGAAGCUCACCGACGCCGUGCUGAUGAGCAUGUGGUCACAAUUGUCCUGGAUCGCGGCGUGAAGAGCAUCGCCGCCGUGCACGCAGUGAUGCUGGAGCGCUGCGCCUACAACGCCUUCGACGUGGCAGAGCCCAUCGAGAAGCUCAGGACCUGGGUGGAGGUGGCGAGGCCGCCCGUGAUGAUCUCAAGUGCUGGCGUUCUGAAGCGUUUGGGCCUGACAGACAUCGCGGCAUCCUUGGGCGAAUUUCCGCGUGUUGUGCUUGACGUGGACCUGGCCCUGAAGAAGGCAGAGGAAGCAACGGUGCCUACAAAGGCAAAGCACGAUCCCGACGACCUCGACAGACUGGCCUACCUCAUCUUUACGAGCGGCUCCACAGGUAAGCCCAAGGCUGUGAUGAUCCGCCACAAGUCGGCCCUGAACGUGGUGCGCAUUUGGGGAAACUACGUUGGCCUCUCCUCUCAGGACCGCUUCGCCCAGGUGGCCUCCAUGUCUUGGGACGUGCACAUCAUCGAGGUCUACGGCACGAUGGCGGCCAUGGCGGCCAGCGUCACCUGCCCCGACCUGGUCAAGAAAUCUGGGCCAGACAUGGUCUCGUGGUUGAAGGAACGGCAGAUCUCUGGCAUGAGCGUAGUGCCCUCGCACCUGCGCACCAUGUCUGCCGCUGGAGAGGUGUCCACGAACGCGCUGCCGCACUUGAAGAUUUUGGACGUCGGGGGCGAGGCCUUGGGCGCGGACGUGGUGGAUGCCUGGGCGCCUGGACGUAGGUUGGUGAACAGCUACGGGCCCUCUGAGAUUUCAGUGGUGUGCACAGGCGCCUACGUCACCCCCGGGGAGCCUAUCACCAUUGGAGGACCGUUGCCAACAUACAGCUGCUACAUCCUGGAUCCUAAGACUUUUGAGGAGAAGUCCCAGGGCGAGCAGGGUGUGCUCUUCGUGGGGGGCAUUGGUUUGGCGCGCGGGUACUUGGAAGAGGAGGAGAAGACGCGGUCCAAGUUCCUGGAGCACCCGCGAUUGGGCCGUGUAUACAACACCGGGGAUUUGGCCUCCGUGGACAAUCUCGGGCGCAUCAAUUACCAUGGCCGCGUGGACUGGCAGGUGAAGGUGCGAGGUGUGCGGAUCGAGCUGGAGGCCUUGGAGCAGGCCAUUGCGGAGCUGGCGGGGGUCCAGCACUGCGAGGCCCGGGUCUCUGAGGAUCAGCGCCUGGUGCUGCUGGUUUCCGGCACCUCCAGCGAGGCCGAGUUGAAGCAGAAGGCGCUGUCGCUGGGCCGGGGCUACGUGCUCAGCCAGGUGAAAAUGGUCGACAGUGGCGAUUGGAAGUUCAAUGCCUCUGGGAAGCUCUUGCGCAACGCGGUGCCUUUGGAGGAAUCGCGCAGUGCCUGGCACCGCAGGUAA